CGGGCGGGGAGGGGCGGCGUCCGGGCCGCAGCCCCGAGGAAGCCUGGGGCGGCGGCCGCGGAGGGGCCCGGUCGCCGGCGCCGGCGGAAGGACCCCUCCCCCAGAGCCGCGGGUGGGGUGGGGCCGCUGGGACGCGGGCGGCUGGGUCUGCGUCACCGCGCCGGAGGCAGCGGGCGUUUUGUUUGAAGCCGCGCUGGGAGGUCGGGACCCGGCGCCGCGAGGCUCGGGUCCUGGAGGCAGUUUUCCGUGCCCCCCGGCUGCGUGGGCUUUGUCAUCGCUGCGUUCAGGAGUCGGCUGGGCCGCCCACGGCGGGGAGAAACGUGGUGCGUGUCGGCUAACUCAGCAGCAGAAAGCUGCUUCACAGUGGGCGAGGGACUUGAGCGGGCAUUUCUUCCGAGAAGACGUGCAGAUGGCCGGCGAGCACACCAAAGGAUGCUCUUAACCAUCAGCGUUCUGAAAAUGGAAACCAGUGGUUCAACAUCUCAUCUUUGUCCUUCUUCAUGUACUACACACUGUCUUCUGUGGUUUAGUCAAAAAGCCAUGUAGACUUGCCUGCCCUUGAAGACCACUUUUAAGACUUCUAGUAAGACAGCUGACCAGCCUAAAAGUUGCCUCAAGGGGGUCCUCCAUCUGAAUUGCUAUUUUUGGCAAACUCCUUCACAUCCUUCAAGAUCUCUGCUUGAGUGCUUUCUCUGUCUUGCCCUCCACAUUUUUAUCUUCCCAAGCGAUGUAAGCACCAUAUUGCAAGACAUCUCUUUAAAUUAAGCACCUAGAAAAGCAUGGGGCACCAAACAAUUUAUGAAAUGAAUGGAUAAAAAUAUAUUAGGAUAAAACAUUACAAGCACUGUUUUUAAAGAAUAUAAUCGUGUAUGUUACAAAAAUGGAAGUAUUCCAGGAACUUCGUAAGCCAUCAGCACGUUUGGAGUGUGAGCACUGCAAUUUCAGAGGCACAGAUUAUGAAAAUGUACAAAUCCACAUGGGUACCAUCCAUCCAGAAUUUUGUGAUAAAAUGGAUGCUGGUGGGUUAGGUAAAAUGAUAUUUUACCAGAAAAGUGCAAAGCUAUUUCACUGCCAUAAAUGCUUUUUCACCAGCAAGAUGUAUUCUAAUGUAUACUAUCAUAUCACAUCCAAACAUUCAGCUCCAGAGAAAUGGAAUGAGAAACCAAAAAAUCAGUUAAACAAAGAAGCAGAUUCUGUGAAAAGCCCUCCUCUUCCUGAACAUCAGGAAAUGGUCUCUAAUUCAGCAGAACUCCUGAAACCCAUACCUGCCCUUUCCGUAGAAACACAGAAAUUUGGCCCAGUUAUGUCUCCAGAAUCACCAAAACCUACUCCUCUUACUUCCCUGGACUCUCAGAAGCCUGGCCCUGUUGUUUCUUCUGAGCCACAGGCACCUUCUCUUCCUUCUCCUGAGCCUCCAAAACCUGCCCCUGUUUCUUCUCCUGAACUUUCAAAACCAGUCCCUCUUGUUUCUGAAUCUCAGAAACCAGUCCCUAUUCCUUCUCCAGAACCACAGAAACUAGCUCCUGUAUCUCCUGAGUCAGUAAAGGCUACUCUUACUAAUCCCAAACCCCAGAAACAAUCCCAUUUCCCAGAAACAUUGGGGCCGCCUUCAGCCUCAUCUCCAGAGUCACCAGUUCUAGCUGCCUCCCCUGAACCGUGGGGACUGUCCCCAACUGCGUCUCCAGAGUCUCGGAAGCCAGUCCGGACUGUCUCCCCCGAGCCAAGGAAGCUGUCCCCAUCAGAGUCUCCUGAACCUUGGAAGCCAUUUCCUGCUGUCUCCCCAGAGCCUCGGAGACCGGCUCCAGCUGUGUCACCAGGUUCGUGGAAGCCAGGUCCACCUGGGUCCCCCAGGUCUUGGAAAUCCAGCCCGUCAGCAUCAUCAGGACCUUGGAAGCCAGCUAAACCUGCUCCAUCUGUAUCUCCUGGACCUUGGAAACCAAUUCCUUCUAUAUCACCUGGACCUUGGAAACCAACUCCAUCCGUGUCCCCUGCAUCCUGGAAGUCUUCAUCAGUCUCACCUGGUUCCUGGAAAUCUCCCCCUGCAUCUCCUGAGUCAUGGAAGUCUGGCCCACCAGAACUCCGAAAGACAACUCCCACCUUGUCACCUGAACAUUGGAAGACAAUUCCUCCGGUGUCUCCUGAGCUCCGUAAAGCAGGACCUUCCUUGUCUCCUGAGCUUCGCAAACCAGGCCCACCACCGUCCCCAGAGAUCCGUAGUCCAGCAGGGUCUCCAGAGCUCAGAAAACCCUCAGGGUCUCCAGAACUUUGGAAACUUUCUCCUGAUCAGCGGAAAACUUCUCCUGCUUCACUUGAUUUUCCUGAAUCCCAGAAGAGUUCCCGUGGUGGUUCCCCUGAUCUCUGGAAGUCUUCCUUUUUUAUUGAACCUCAGAAACCCGUCUUCCCUGAUACCCGGAAACCAGGUCCUUCUGGGCUAUCUGAGUCCCCUAAAGCAGCCUCUGAUAUCUGGAAGCCUGUUCUCUCAAUAGAUGCUGAGCCUAGAAAACCUCUGUUUUCUGAGGCUACCAAAACAGCCCCUCCUGCAUCUCCUGAACCACGAAAACGUGCUCUUUUUCCAGAGCCCCGGAAACUUGCCCUUUUCUCCGAACUUCCCAAAUCUGCUAUCUUCUCAGAGUCUCAGAAGGCAGUUGAGCUUGGUGAUGAACUACAGGCAGAUGCCAUGGAUGAUCAAAAGUGUGAUGUUUUGGUUCAGGAAGAACUACUAGCUACACCUAAGAAACUCUUAGAAGACACAUUAUUUCCUUCCUCAAAGAAGCUCAAGAAAGACAACCAAGAGAACUCAGAUGCUGAGCUUAGUAGCAGUGAGUAUAUAAAAACAGAUUUGGAUGUGAUAGAUAGUAAGGGCCAAGAAUCAAGCAGUGAUCAAGAGCAGGUUGAUGUGGAAUCUAUUGAUUUUAGUAGAGAGAACAAAAUGGACAUGACUAGUCCAGAGCAGUCCAAAAAUGUACUGCAAUUUACCGAAGAAAAAGAGGCUUUUAUCUCCGAAGAAGAGAUUGCAAAAUACAUGAAGCGUGGAAAAGGAAAGUAUUACUGCAAAAUUUGUUGCUGUCGUGCUAUGAAAAAAGGUGCUGUUUUGCAUCAUUUGGUUAACAAGCAUAAUGUCCAUAGUCCUUACAAAUGUACAAUUUGUGGAAAGGCUUUUCUGUUGGAAUCUCUUCUUAAAAAUCAUGUAGCAGCUCAUGGGCAAAGUUUACUUAAAUGUCCGCGUUGUAAUUUUGAAUCAAAUUUUCCAAGAGGCUUUAAGAAACACUUAACUCAUUGUCAAAGCCGGCAUAAUGAAGAGGCAAAUAAAAAGCUAAUGGAAGCUCUCGAACCUCCACUGGAGGAGCAGCAAAUUUGAUUUUUAAACACAGUAUGGCUACGUGCUCUGCAGAACUGUGUAUUGAGCCAAAUUGUUGCAAGUGUAGUUACAUAGCCUCAUUGGAUCAGUAGGUGUUAGUGUGUAUGGUGUACUGUGUUUGUCUCAGUAGUGUUACAAAAAAUAAGUGUGCGGUCAUUUUUUCUUGGUCUCUGUUUAUGUGGCUGUUGUGUAAGUCAGUAAAUUCAUAUUGUAUAUUCCAGGUGGGUAAAAUUUCUCUAAUUUCUUUAUAUUUUGAAUAAUUUGAAGAGGUAGGCAUUCCAUUUAACAAUCAAGAGCAAGUCAUACUCAAUUUAAAACAUCUAGUUAAAGUGUAUCUUUUUUUGUGCAACUAUUUUCAGACAAUGGAAAUUAUUUGUUAGAAUGUUUAAGAAUUAAGCAUGAAAAUGAGAA